GCACAGACUCAGAGCCUGGAAGCCAGCCAUGCCACGGAACCAACUGCAUAACUGGCUGGAUGCUCUGCUCUUUGGACUCCUGCUUCUCCUCGGCCAUGUGCAGGGUCAGGACUCACCAGAGGCCAGUCCCAUCAGAAACACAUAUACAGGAGAGGUCCAAGGCAGCCUUGUCCACGUGAAGGACACUAAAGCUGGUGUUCAUGCCUUCCUGGGAAUACCCUUUGCCAAGCCUCCUGUAGGACCACUGCGCUUUGCCCCUCCUGAGGCCCCUGAGCCAUGGAGUGGUGUGAGAGAUGGAACUGCACAUCCGGCCAUGUGUCUGCAAAAUCUUGAUGCAAUGAAGGAGAUAAAACUGAAGCUGCCACCUGUCUCUAUGUCCGAGGACUGCUUGUAUCUCAGCAUCUACACACCAGCCCGUGCCCAUGAGGGCUCUAAUCUGCCUGUGAUGGUGUGGAUCCAUGGUGGUGGACUGGUUGCAGGCAUGGCUUCCAUGUAUGAUGGAUCUCUAUUGGCAGCCAUUGAGGACUUGGUGGUGGUCACUAUCCAGUAUCGUCUGGGUGUCCUGGGCUUUUUAAGCACUGGAGACCAGCAUGCCAGAGGAAACUGGGGAUUCCUGGACCAAGUGGCUGCCCUUCGCUGGGUCCAGCAGAACAUUGCCCACUUUGGAGGCAACCCUGACCGGGUCACUAUUUUUGGUGAGUCCGCAGGUGGCUCAAGUGUGUCUUCCCAUGUUGUGUCCCACAUGUCCAAAGGACUCUUCCAUGGAGCCAUCAUGGAGAGUGGAGUGGCCCUGAUUCCUUACCUUAUUGCUGACACCUCUGAGAUGUUCUCUACUACGGUGGCCAAGCUCUCUGGAUGUGAGGCCAUGGACUCAGAGACCCUGAUGCGCUGUCUGAGAGGCAAGAGUGAAGAGGAGAUUCUGGCUAUUAACAAGGACGUCCAGAUGAUCCCUGCUGUGGUGGAUGGAGAGUUCUUCCCCAGGCAUCCCAAAGAGUUGUUGGCAUCUGAGGAUUUUCACCCUGUCCCCAGCAUCAUUGGUGUCAACAAUGAUGAGUUUGGUUGGACCAUUCCUGUGGUCAUGGGCUCUGCUCAAACAAUAAAGGAAAUAAACAGAGAGAACCUGCAGGCUGUUUUGAAGAAUACAACAGCACAACUGAUGCUGCCUACUGAGUGUGGUGACCUGCUAAUGGAAGAGUACAUGGGUGACACUGACGAUCCCCAGAUCCUCCAAGCACAGUUCAGAGAGAUGAUGGAAGACUUCCUGUUUGUGAUCCCUGCACUCCAAGUAGCACAUUUUCAGCGUUCCCAUGCUUCUGUCUACUUUUAUGAAUUCCAAUGUCAGAUCGCCUCUCUCAAGGAUUUCAGACCACCCCACGUGAAGGCUGACCAUGCUGAUGAGAUUCCUUUUGUCUUUGGGUACUUCUCCUGGGACAUGAAACUUGACUUCACUGAGGAGGAGGAGCUGCUGAGCAGAAGGAUGAUGAAGUACUGGGCCAACUUCGCAAGACAUGGGAACCCCAACAGCGAGGGUCUACCCUACUGGCCUUUGAUGGACCAUGAUGAGCAGUAUCUGCAGCUGGACAUCCAGCCUGCUGUGGGACGGGCCCUGAAGGCCAGAAGGCUGCAGUUCUGGACCAAGACUCUGCCCCAGAAGAUCCAGGAGCUCAAGGCUUCUCAGGACAAGCACAUGGAGCUUUAGUGUCCUGUAUCAGGAAAUGUGUUUGGGGUUUAAAGUCAAUAGUGCUACAAAGUCCUUUUAUUUAUUUUUGUUUGUUCAACACUUAUAUAAGCAUGUGUCACCUCAGUUUUUGAUCUUUCCUGUGUGAAAAACACUCUGUA